AUUAUCUGCAGAACAUCGCUCAGUAGUCGAUAGAUCUUCUUCCCGCCAACAUGUCGAAUUCGAUACUGGGAAUUUUACUAAUUUUGGCCUUAAGUGCCACUACAUCUUUUGCGCAAGGUGUUAAAGGAGGAUACCAUGCUCCUCCGUCGGAAAGUUUGGUGGCCUUCCCCGCAAAAGAAAGUGGCACAUGUUACAAAAGAGUUCCGUAUACACAAGCUUUGGCAGCUAAUAUAUCAAAUGGAUACGUUCAGACUGUGCCCGGUACACAGACUUCGCAUCAUGGUGUUAAGUCAGGUGUUCCUAGUGUGAUAACAAUAAUAGACUGUUGCGACGGAUUUGUUCGUAACCGAGACACUGGAGAAUGUGAAACUCACUGUGAUGAGGGUUGUUUCGGAGGAGUUUGUUCUGGACCAAAUAUCUGUACCUGCGAUAGAGGAUACAGUCCCAUAGAAGGAAUAUGCAAACCUGUAUGCAACUCGCCUUGUCCAUUUAAUUCAGUGUGUCACUUGCCUGACGAAUGCAAAUGCAACGAGGGAUAUGAGAAACAAGAUGGACAAUGUAGGCCCAUAUGUCCUGGAGGUUGCAUAAACGGCGACUGUAUCACUCCCACAGUUUGUCGAUGUAAACCUGGUUUUUCACUAAAUGAGGUCUACAAAGAAUGUGUUCCUAUCUGCGAAGGAGGUUGUCUUAAUGGGGAGUGUGCUGGGCCCGGAUUUUGUAGAUGUUACCCAGGGUAUCAAAAUCCACGAGGAGAUCUUGAAAACUGUGAACCGCUGUGUCCAGAAGGUUGUCAUAAUGGAAAAUGUUUAGCUCCCGGAUUGUGCAGAUGCGAAGAUGGGUUUAGUCUUGACUUGACGAAUACAUGUACACCAGUUUGUGGAGAUGGUUGCGAAAAUGGAAAAUGCUUUGCACCAAACCAGUGUUCUUGCAAUCCUGGUUUUUAUCAGGAUAUUGUCACUAAAAAAUGUGUUCUCAGCUCUUACAAUGGGGAAUAUGGACAAAAAGUGACUGUAGUUGAUCAGCAGAGUGGUAAUUAUGGCAAUGUAGGCAGUCCUUAUGGAAAGCAAGGGCCUUAUGAUCAACAGCAUGGAAGGAAUGACCAACAGUCUGGAGGAUAUGAUCAACAGCAUGGAAGGAAUGACCAACAGUCUGGAGGAUAUGAUCAACAGCCUGGAAGAUAUGAUCAGUAUUCCGGAGGAUAUGAUCAACAGCCUGGAAGGUAUGAUCAGCAUUCCGGAGGAUAUGAUCAACAGCCUGGAAGAUAUGGUCAACAAAGUCGACCAUUUGAUCAACAAGGUUUAUAUGGUCUAGAUGUUGACGCUGGUCAACAAACCACUUUAGAGGUUAAUAAUUUACAAGCUAGCAGAUGUGAACAACAAUGUAUAAAUGGACAAUGUUCGAGGAAUGAGUGCAUCUGUAACAGAGGAUACAUGCUCGACCAAACCGAUACAACAGGAACCAGGUGUCUUCCUGUUUGCUAUGGAGGAUGUCGAAAUGGAGUUUGCAGUGCUCCAAAUACCUGUUUGUGUAAUCCUGGUUACACAAAAGACCGAAGUGUAAAAGGAGGACAAUCCUGCAUUCCCAUCUCACGACUAGAGAUGGCAAAUGUAAUCAUUACAGUUUUAAUUGUAGCUGCAGUUACGAAAUUCAGUGAUGGGAUAUUAAGAUCCAGCGGCUCAGAUUCAGUUUGUGAACGUAUAUUCAGCAUCCAAGUAUCGCAAACCGUGCCAUACGUUGAAACAUACAAACACAAGGUGUUAGGGAUAUUCAGCAAAACAAAAUCUCGAAUCAAUUACAGAACAGAGUACAAAACAGUUUCGCACCGUAGAGAAGAGUGUUGUUUAGGAUACUACGAAAUCAAUUCAGAGUGCAAACCAGUCUGUCAAUACGGUUGCGAAAAUGGUUAUUGUUACAAACCAAAUGAAUGUCGCUGUAAUCAUGGUUAUACCAGAGAUCAAAAUAACAGCAAAAAUUGUGUAGCAGUUUGUGAAAAUGAGUGCAUCCAGGGAACCUGUACCAAACCAAAUGUUUGCACUUGUCAUUCAGGAUACUCUAUUUUAUCAGAUGGUUUCACCUGCAAACCAAACUGCAAUUCCUGUCCAGAAAAUUCUGUCUGCACUGCUCCUGAUGUUUGCGAAUGUUUAUCCAAUUAUCAAAAGGAGGUAAUAAAUAAUGGCUCAAAAGAGAUUUGUGCACCAAUUUGUGAAAGGCCUUGUAUCAAUAGUGAUUGUACUGCACCUGACAUUUGCAAAUGUUGGGAAGGAUACGAGGAUUUGGAUGGAGAUACUUUCAAUUGUUCUCCAAAGUGCAGUUCACCUUGCCAAUUUGGGACAUGUACUGCACCUGAGGUGUGCACUUGUAAUCUCGGAUAUAGUCGAUCUUCAAAUGACUCUAAAUGUCAGCCAGCGUGUACUCAAGGUUGCAUUAAUGGGGUUCGUAUUUAUUUUGUAGCUCAUUUUUGGGUCGAUUUGGACAUCUCGGAUAGUCGAUCUGGUUGUCUCAGAUAUUCCACUCGAUCUUAUCGGAUGGUCGAUUCGAUUAUCUCAGAGAGUCGACAUGGUAAUUUCGGAUGGUCGAUUCGAUCAUUUCAAAGGGUCAACUUGAUUAUCCCGAUCAACCAUCGAUUAUAUUGUCUUAAAGAUAGAGAUGCAUUGAAAAACACGCAAGCUACUCAAAAACAAAAUAACGAAAAUAUGGACACUGCGAAAACAGAACUUUCAUCAUCGCUUACCAAUUUAAGACCUCCAUCAAUUACACCCAACAGUGCAAGAUUCAAAAGAAAACACAGCCUACUGUCAAGCUCUGCACUGUCCACUAAUGACAAUGAGCAGGCUAAGAUAGAAAACUCAGCAAAUACCGUCGAAGAUCCAUAUCCUCUAGAAGCAAUUGAUGUUCAGCUUGCUCCAGGCAAGAAUUUCUUCUUAAUAACUGUUAAUGAAUAUCCGCUUGAUUUUGAAGGAUUAGCAUUCUCUCUCAGAGAGUCCUACGGAAGCCUGAACAUACCAGAGGUAGCUCUGAAAUACCCAUCUGACACAUCGAGCCUAAUCCCCAUGCUCAGAAAUGCUUACCUUCACCUCAACACUUGUUACGUAAUUGUUUUCGAACUGAACAAUCACAGACGUGCUGUAACAUUUGUUCAAAGAAUCUGGUGGGAAGCAGAUUUCACUACUCUUCUCACCCCUUACAAGUGCUGUGUAAGAUCUUUAAUAGACUACGCAAUCUAUGUAUACUAUCCAAAGCGCAAGGAUCAGCAGAAAGAAUUAGAAGACGACAUAGUGUUGAUAACAGAGGAUGGAGAAGGGAUGGCAGGAUUAAUUACAGGAUUAGAGAAAUACGUAGAUGGGAAAAAGCGGAAUGAAUGUUCAGCUCCCGAAUAUUGUACCUGUUUCAAAGGAUACGAUAAAAGCAACAUCACAAAUCGAUGUGAACCAGUCUGCAACAGCACUUGUGAAAACGGCCUUUGCACUGCCCCAGAUGAAUGUACUUGCAACGAAGGUUUCGAAAAAGAUAUUGAUGGAUGUGUUCCGGAAUGCAAAUGUAUCCACGGAUCUUGUACAGGGAAAAAUCGAGAAUGUGUUUGUGAGGAUGGCUAUGGAUUGUCAGAUGAAAAUUCGACUAUUUGUCUGCCUGUGUGUGACCAAGGUUGUGUUAAUGGGGAGUGCAUAUCGCCACAGAAGUGUAAGUGCCAUGAUAACUACGUCAUGAAUAAUGGCACUGAUAACAAUAACACUUGUGUUAGUGUAUGUGGCACUGAAUGUGACCACGGAUUAUGUCUUCCGGAGGAAAAAGCAUGCAGUUGCUUUUAUGGCUGGACCGGAAGAAGCUGUAAAGUGGCUCUCAAAUGUGCAGCUGUUUUCGAUGAUGAUAAAUUUAAAAGUGAAAUCUCCAAUAGUCUGAGCUAUGGAAAUAAAACUGAAAACGAAACCAAAAUGGAAUCUCCAUGGGAUGGCCCUAUCUGUGAUGAAUAUUGUUUUCCAAUCAAUAUAAAUAAGACAGAAUGUUUUAAUAAUUCAAUAUCGACUGAAAACUCUACAGUUUUGUGUUUUCUGAAUAUUGAUUUAGAUUGUAAUUCCGUGAGCUCACAGCAGAGUAAGACUAAAAGUGACUCAAUUCUAUGGUCCGGAAUAAUGCAGACAAUGUAUGUCGUAAUUACUGGGACAAUCGUAGCCUUGGUAUUUUUGCUAGUGAGACGGUCUAAAAGGAACAAAAAACCAAUAGAUGUCGUUUGUCGUUCAAAUUCAUUUCAGUGUGCAACAGACUGCCUCAUCGAAGAAGAGGGAACAGCGUUUUGAAUUAUAAAAAAAUGAAAUUUAUUUUUUAUAUCAUAUUAGAGAAAAUAACUUAUUUUUAAACUAA